UGCAAUAGCCAGCAAAUGUGCCUAACGCGUAGUUUAAAUAACAAUUGAUUGCUACAGAAGCGGACAGCGCGAAAGACAAUAUUAAGUUUAUAAUUUAAAUAUAGUUUGAAGGCAGCGUUGAAAAAGGCAGAUACUGAGUGCUUAACGCGCAAAUCGAUUUGGCACUUGAACUUGGCGUUUAUUUGUCGAUAGUAUGUCAAAACAAACAGUUGUGCAUAAAAAAAAGGAAAUAUAAUCGCGCGCAUGCAGCAUUUCUAGUUAAAAUAAACAUUAAUAAAGCAACGAAUUGAAUGGGUCGCACGGCUAACGAUGAGGGAUUUUAAGUAGAGACAUCGGUUAAUGCCUGAAUUGUACAUAUUUUUUUGUGUUGUGCACGAUUUAAUGCAAGAAUAGUGUGUAUUUUUAAACAAGACUCUGGCGCUGAUACAUUCAUACAUAGCUCACGCGCACAGGACAUACAGUCCUAACAUAAAAUUCUCGUUCGUUUUCACGCCAUCGCAUCUAUUGUGUUACAUAGCGCCCAAAAAGCGAGAAGUAAAGUGCAAUAAUCAGCGAAGUUUGGGUUCCUUGGCAAACAAACAGGAUAUACAAGGAUCUUUAAAUGAGCGAUAGCUUCGUAAACUCAGGAGCACACUAAAGGCGCAAACUAUAUUUUGAGUACGAUGAGCGGCGCUACACAGGAAUUUUGUGUACGCUGGAACAGCCAUUUGGGCAGCAUUGGAGCUGCUUUUCCGCAGCUGCUGGCGGGCCAGAGAUUCGUGGACGUAACACUCGCAUGCGAAGGCCAACAGGUGCACUGCCAUCGUCUGGUGUUGGCCGCCUGUUCCACCUACUUUGAGGCGAUACUGGCGGAGCAUCCUUGCAAGCACCCGGUCAUCAUAUUGCCCAGGGAGAUCAAGCUAUGGGAGAUCCAGGCGCUUGUGGACUUCAUGUACAAGGGAGAGGUCAAUGUCACGCAAGCCGGUCUUGGCCAGUUGCUUCGCUGUGCCGAACAACUGCAGAUUCGCGGUCUAUACGGCUCUGAGGCACCGAUAAACUACAAGAAACUGCAGCAGGCUAGUCUGGAGGCAGCUAAGGAUCCAGCUGCAACCACAGCGCGAAGUUUCAAGCAUGUGGACAGCGCGGAGACGGACGAUGCAGCCACUAAUUCAACCACCUCAACAAUGACCACCUCCUCCGCUCCACCGCUACCGGUUAACCAUCAGCAACCCACAGUAUUGAAGCGCCAGAAUCCCGAUGCUCGGCAGCAGCAACAGCAGCAGCAGCAGCAGCUACAGCAGCGACCCCAGAUAAAUGGCAGUAAUGCUCAACAGCCAUCUAAGGCCACCUCUGCGAACGUUUUGGGCAGCCACUCGAAUGCACCGACCGAGGACGACUCCGGCGACGAGGUGCCGAACAAUUGGAAUGCCUACGGGGAGCAAUUCGAGGAUUGCAAUAUAUCUGCGCAAGCCGUUGACAACAAAAUGAAUGUCCACCUAUCCCUGCAGCAAUCGCGGAUGCAAAUGCAGCUUCAGCAGCAGCAAUACUUGGAUUCAAAUGUUGAGGACGACCACAACUAUGUGGCCGCUCAUGAUGAAAACAAUGACAGCAGUUUUGCGACAGGAGUGCCAUGCGGAUCCGGGCUAUCCGUCAGCCUUGACACUGAUCUCGAUACAUCGGCCAAUACUUCCGGCGGACUGAGCCAUAGCUCGAUCGAUGGUUAUACUUCAUAUAAGCGCGUUCGACGUUCAGAAGCAUCUCUAGCACAAGCGGCCAAAUGUGUUUCGAAGGGCGAGACAUUCCAAACUGUCAGCAAUAUGUUCAAUAUUCCUGUCUCAACCAUUCGUUUCUAUAUGGCGCGAAAAGGAAUUCUUCCGAAGCGGAAACGUGGACGUGGUGCUUCCCAUGCCGGAAACAUAAUAAUCACAACAAACUCAGGAAAACUCUCAACCGUCCCAGCGAGCAUAACUCAUCCCCCAGCCCAUCCGCAUAUCCACACCAAUCCCCUUCCUCACACGCAGUCUCAGCAAAUGUCCAUGGACAGCCUACAUCUCAAGGCGGGCAUCACAAAUACCAGUGGCAGCAAUAGUCCGGCAACAGCUACGGCAACGUCUAUGUCACCAUCAUUUGAUAUGGCCACAACAGGUGAUAUCGUGCCUUUUCACCUCCAUAGCGAUGCGGCGGCAUUCAAACUCAACGAUCAGAAGCUGCACAUGAUCUAACCACGCAAUUUGCCAAGCUGUGCUGUACUAGUAGGGCGUGUAUUAAUAGAGAGGGAUUUCCAAGCAGUAGCUGCUUUCUUUCAUUUCGGGGUACGCAUCGGCUCGUGUGGGAUCUUUAGUCAUAACAUAGUCAACAAAAUACAAUUUAUACUUAGGUUUACUUGAUUACGCUUUGAAGAUGCCACAGUUUUAUCCUCGGUUGAAAUAUUCUUGCCGUUCAAUCAUUAUUCAUUUUAUUCUGGCAAUCAUAAAAAAAUACGGUAGAUGUAUGCUAUCAACAAGGAUUAUGACUAAAAACUUGCGUAAAAAUUUCAAUUAUGUUUCUUGUCGCCCCAGUACUUUAAGGAAUUACUGUAUUGUUAAUAAGAUAAAUAAAAUCGACCUGGAAACUUUUA